UAUCCACAUCAUAGUCCAAUUUUCCGUUCUCACUUCGCAUCUUCUUCUUUCCAUCCAGUCUCUCUAUAUAUACAUUUCACGUUUAAUCGCAUAUAUAAAACUCUCGGAGAAGACCAAGGGGGUUGCUGCCUUGCCAAUGUCUGAACCGUCGUCCUCGUGUAAUCUGGAACGGUUCCUGGAGUCAAUAACACCCUCGGUGCCGGCUCAACGAUUAUCAAAGACAGCAUUGAAGGAAUGGAGAACUAGCAAUGAGAAUUGUCAACCGUACUUUGUGCUAGCCGAUUUGUGGGAGUCAUUCAAGGAAUGGAGUGUAUAUGAUGCAGGAGUGCGAUUGAUAAUGAAUGACAGUGACCUUGUGGUCCAAUAUUAUGUUCCCUAUUUAUCGGGUAUACAAUUGUAUGUUGACCCUUCAAGGAGUAUGGAAAAUUCAAGGAGACUUGGAGAGGAAAGUGAUGGUGACUAUUUUAGGGAUUCAAGUAGCGAACAGGAUAGAUGUAGCUUCAACCAUUCAAUUGGGCAACGGAGCUAUCAUCACCAAACAAGUAAUAAUGCUUGUAGAGUAUAUCCAUUGUCCAUGAGAGAUCAGGCGUAUCAAGAAAGCUUUUCUAGUGAUGAAAGCGAUUCCGGAAGUUCACAAAGUCGCUUGUUGUUUGAGUAUCUUGAACAGGACCAACCUUGUCGGGAACCUUUGGCAGACAAGAUAUGUGAUCUUGCUCUCCUAAAAAUGCUCAGAAGCUGUGAUCUACUACCUUCCAGUUGGAUUUCUGUUGCAUGGUAUCCCAUUUAUAGGAUACCAAUGGGACCAACUCUUGAAGAUUUGGAUGCUUGUUUUCUGACUUUUCAUUCUCUUCAUACACCUUUACCAGGGUGUGAAACUAUACAUACUCCACUUGUCUCAUAUUCAAAUGAGAGGGAGGAUGGUGUUCCCAAAAUUUCAUUGCCAGUUUUUGGGCUAGCCACCUAUAAAUAUAAAGUAUCAUUGUGGACCCCAAAUGCAGGAUAUCAGCGCGAACUGGUGACCUCUCUCCUUCAGGCUGCUGAUAAUUGGCUAAAAUUGCUGCAGGUCAAUCACCCAGAUUUCCUUUUCUUCAGUAGUAAGUGAAAUCUAGAUACAGCUUUCCUUCCUGCUAGGGAAACCAUAAAACUCUGCAAGUAAGGUUGCUGGUUGGUUCUCUGUAUUGUUAUGCUAUUAUUGACUGUUUUUAGAAUGGAUAUAAAUCGAAAAGAAAUAAAAAAAAUGGAUAUAAAUUGAAAAGAAAAAAAAAAAAUGGAAAUUGCUGCAGAAAAAGGGGGGGUCACGAAUUCUGAAGAAUGAAGAAAGCAUAGAAAAAGUUCUGAGAUUUAUGGAAGUUGAAGGCUGGUAUGCAGCACUGUGGUUGUUUUACGGUUUGUUUUAUAGAACAGUCAAUUUUUUUCUGUCCUGGUGAUUGGUUGUAAUUUAUUUCUGCACUUUUGAGGGGAUUUUGGUAGCAAAUGAUAUCGAGUGUAAGGUUUGGCCUCCCAUGGCAUGUACCCCGACUCUGUAACUUCAUAACGAUAUAUGUAGGAGGUUAAUAAAAUGAUGUUUAGGUAUA